AUGAAGAAGUUUUGGGAAGAGAUAUCGAGGCCAUAUUUUGCAGUUGCACCUAUGGUUGGAAACUCUGAAGAGGCCUGGCGUAGACUGUCGAAAAGAUAUGGAGCAAAUAUAUUUUAUACAGAAAUGGUACACUGUGAAUCGUUUUUACGUGGAUCCAGAAACCCUGUGAGAAAUCAAUGGUAUACAACAUCCCCAGAAGAUAGACCUCUAGUAAUCCAGAUAUGCGGAAACUCCCCUGAGGUCAUGCUGGAGGCAGCCUUGAUAAUGCAGGAUCAUUGUGAUGCAAUUGACAUCAACUUUGGAUGCCCACAAAGGGUAGCUAGAAAGGGAAAUUAUGGGGCAUAUCUACAAGAAAACUGGGGUUUGACGGAAAAAAUAGUGAAGGUGCUAUCUACUAAUCUUAGCGUUCCUGUAUUCUGCAAGAUAAGAGUUUUUAAGUCGAUAGAGAAAACCGUAGAAUAUGCAAAGAUGAUAGAAAGAGCAGGUUGUUCUUUUUUAGCUGUCCACGGUAGAACAAGAGAUCAAAAAGGAGAAUCAAUGGGGCUUGCAAGCUGGGAUCACAUCAGGGCAGUCAAAGAAGCCUUAACCAUUCCUGUUCUUUCAAAUGGAAAUAUAAUGGUCCAUGACGACAUCUGGAGGUGCUUGGAGUACACGAAGUGCGAUGGAGUAAUGGUCGGGGAGUCCCAUCUUUACAACCCUCUUAUAUUCACAGGAGAGAAUAAGCCUUGCCUGGAAAUAAUUGGAGAAUAUUUAGAUAUAUGCAUGAAAUUUCCAGGAAGUGCAGAUGUAGGGCAUGUAAAAUCUCACAUAUUCAAAUUGUUGUAUAACUAUUUCCUCGUAAACCCAGGCAAGCGGCCUGCUGUUGACUCUUGUAAUACCAUAGAAAGGUUUCAUGAGCUUUAUUUGGAUCUUGUGGAAGAAAUGAGAUAUACAGCAAGCAAAGAAGGAAAUUCCGUGACCUAUAGAAUGAGGCCUCGGCCUAUCUCUAAUAUAACUAUAGAUGGUGACAGCAAAGGGAGGUGA